UUAGCAGUUUUUACUCUGAUUAACGAACAGUCGACCUGUGAUACCUUGAUCAACAAGCAACAGCUCGCUCCCGAAAGUUUUAUUCCCCCAGCCUGCACGAAUCGUCACCAUAUUAUCUAACCCUAUGAGCUCGCAAUAUAGCAAUAGUAGCCAGGGCAUCUUGACCGAGGCCGGGGCAGGUCAACUUAGCAACCUCGUCCGGCAUGUCGACGCGGAUUUCCUGGCGGGGCUGUGGGCGCGCCUGGACGCAUCCGGCAGCGUCAGCUCCGCAAGGCUAGCUUGUCGCGACAUGCGAGAUGCUGUCGACGGCGGCGUCCGAGCGGCGCAGCUCGCACUGGGCCCGCAGUCCGAGGCCGCGAGCCUGCUUCUGCUCGGGACUCCCGAGACAUCGCUUACGCACCGCGGCCGCUCCUACGACGGCGCAAUACCACUGCCGCUUACGCAGCGGCUGCUGAGCCGGCUGCCGCGGCUGGAGUGCCUGGCUGUGGGUCUGUCGGCACACGCCUCACCGGCGACAACGGAUAGUCGGCGGGCGCCGCAGGGGGAACAGACACCACCGUCACUCCUGCUGCAGGAGAACCCGGCGGGCUGCAGCCCCCGCUGCCGCUUCCUCGCGCUGCGGGUGCUGGACCUGCGCGGCGUGCCGUGGUGGCCGCUGUCCCUCUUCCAACAGCCCCUGCAAGCUGCGGCCCCGCCCGAGCCGCGGCCGCCGUCAUCAGCCGAACCACCGGUUUCCCCUGACGCUCCAGGGCGGCAAUCGCACGUCACGUUAGCAGCCGCAACCGCAGCAGCUGCUGUGGAUGGAGAGCCAUGGCGGCGGCGGCACCAGGUGCCGGCGGUACAGACGCAGCAGCACCGCCGCCAGUGGCAAGUGCAGCAACAGCAGCAGCAGCAGCAGCUCCGCCGCCGCCACCAGUGGCAAGUGCAGCAGCGGCAGCGGCAGUGGUACGGGGCGCUGGCGGCGGCGGCGCCCGGUCUGGCGGUGCUGCGGCUGCCUGGUCUGGUGGCGGUGCCGGGGGUGGAGGCGCUGAGCGGCAGCCUGCAGGAGCUGGAGGCGGCGCCGCCGGCGGCAGUAGCAGCGGUAGCAGGAGCAGCAGCUGCAGCUACAGUGGCCAUGGUAACAGCUACUGCCGAUGCGGUGCCGGGUGCAGCUGCUGCGACUGCGCCUGGUGGACGUGCUGGCGCUGCGGCAAGAGGUGGCUACGGCGGUGGCGGCGGCAGUGGCGCUGGCGGCGGCAAUGUCAGCAGAACUAGCUGCUACUGCCGCUGCGCGCUGCAAUGGGCUGACGAGCUACAGCCCUGGCUGUGGCGGGCGGUCCUGGCCUCGGUGCGGCGGCUACGACGGCUGCGUGUACUGACGCUGUAUGACUUUGCGGAGGAGCAACGGCUGGGCGCCUGCAGCAGCAGCAGCAGCUGCUGCCUUGGCGGCGGCUGGGGCGAUACGGAUGAUGCGGACACGUACGGUUCGCCAGGGCAACUGGGCAGCGCUGAGGUACUGGGCAGCGCUGAUGAUAGGUUUGUUGACAGCCCGGCGAGCGGUGAUGAAAGCAGUGACACCAGUAGCAGCCAUAACGAAGACUCUGAAUGUGAUUAUGACUACGGUCUGGGGCUGGGGGAUGUUGCUCCCGGCGGCACCGGCAGUUGGGGCGGCGGCGGCAGUUGGGGAGGCGGCGGCGGGCCCACACCCUCACAUGACACCCGGCCCACACGUGCGCUGCUGGCGGCUUUCAGUGCCGGCCGCCUGCCGGCUACCCUGCGCUGUCUGCGUGUGGGCCGCCGCUGCAGCGAAUCCUGCGGCGGCAGUGGCGGCAGUGGUGGUGCUGACGAAAGAAGCAGCUCGUUCGGUGUUUGCAGCGCCGUUCAGACCGGAGGCGCAGCCACCUCCUGUCGCCACCGGCUGGCGCCGCCGCAAGGCUGCUGCUGGAACUAUGACGGCGGCUGCACCGGGGUCGGCUGCUACAGCUGCGGUUGCUGCUACUGCCGCUGCCCAUGUUGCACACCCGGGGCCGUAACGCGGCUGCCGCUGGCGCCGCCGCUGGGCAUAGAGGUGGAGGUGCUUCCCCCGCCGGCCGCAACCAUAAUCGCGCCGUCGCAGGAGGAGCAGCAGCAGCAGCAGAAGCAGCAGCGGCCGUGCACACCAGUGACGGGAUCCGUGGAUCCACGCAGGUGCGGCCUCGCCGUGACCCUGACGGGGGAGCUGGAGCUGGAGGCGCUGACUCAGCCGCAGCAGGGGCCGGCAGCGGGGUGGCUGGCGGCACUCGCCUCGCCAGAGGGCCCCGGCGGCGGCGCACGGCGGGUUGGCAGUGGCGGCAGUGGCGGCGGCAGUAGCAGCGGCGGCGGCGGCAGCCAUGAUAGCGAAUGUGGCAUUGGUGGUAGUAGCGCCGGCAGUGGCGGCUGUGGCGUUGGGUGUGGGCAGCAAGGCGCGUCCAGGUGCCCGAGACUGCCGCCGCCGCGCAUCCGGCGGCUGCGGCUGGAGCGGCUGCACGUGCUGUCGCCCAGCGCCGCCCGCCGCCAGCUGCAGCAGCUGCUGCAGCCGCUGCUACAGCCUGGCAGCGUCAGCAGCAGCCGCCAGCGCUGCUGUGCGAGCUUUGCCAUGGCCGUGGGUGCUGCUGACGGGACGGAACCGGCUGGGGAGCUGGCGCCGGAUGCGCCUCCCCAGCAGAUGGAACUGGAGGUGGGCGAGCUCACGGUGCACUACUGCUUCGGCGGCGGGCGGCCCGUGUGCCCCGCCGCCGGCACCCAGCCCCUGCUGGACCUGCUGCCGCGGGCCCUGGCCGCGCUGCCGCACAGGCUGCGCCUCCGCACCACGGCGGCGGCACGGCGCCACCCCCAGCAGGAGCCGCCGCAGGAGCCGCCGCAGGAGCUGCCGCAGGAGCCGCCGCAGGAGCCGCCGCAAGAGCUACUGCUCCCGCCGCUACAGCCGCCGCUGCAGCACGGGGAAGCGGAGGAGGAGCAGCAGCAGCAGCGGCGGUUGGGCGUGUACGGUAACGGCAGUGUGACGGUGAGCUUGGAUUUGGAACUGUGGCCGCCGCCGGCUCUGCUGCCGCCACCGCCUUCACAGUCGCCGCCAGGGCCGCCGCGGCUGCCGAUGAGGCAAGUGCCUGGAGCCUUGAUGGGGGUGCGGCGCCUGCAGCGGCAGGAGGGGGCAUGGGUGGGUCUGGAGGCCGCGGGCCGGGAUGCAGGUGCCGGCGGCCGGGAGACCUGGUGCGCCGUGGCGCACCGGCUGUUGAGCAUGGGUACUGCAGCUGUUGCUGCGGAGGCGGCCGCGGCCACGGCAGCGGCAGCGGGCAUGGCCCACGUGCACGGGGCGGGGAAUACAGUAGUGACGGCGGCGGCGGCGGCGGCGGCAGUGCCGGCGGCGGCGGGGCCGGCGGCGGCAGUGUUGGGGGCAGCAGCGCCACCCAAGCAGCAGCAGCCGCAGCAGCAGCCGCAGCCGUCCGGCAGGGAUGCGCCAGGGGGCCUGCACCGGGUGCUGCUGCUGGUGCUGGUUCCAAGCAGCUGCUGUGAUGGUGGGUGCAGCGACUGCCGCCGCAGCGGCGAUGGCAGCGGCGGUGGUGGCAGUGGCAGUGCUGCUGCUGGCGGUGGUGGUGCUGGCGGUGGCGCUGCUGGUGCUGGCGCGACCGCCGCGAUGCCGGCGCUGGCGUCGCCUGGGGCGCUGUCUGCGUGGCUGCGCGGUCUCGACAUGGAGCUGGCCCGGAGGCGGCAGCAGCGGCGCCGCCGUCGUUGCCAGCAGCGCGACGGCGCGGGCUUCAGCUCUGACCCUGUCCGCAGCGACCCGGUGGGUCGCAACACGGCAGCGGAGGCGGUGGAGUGGCGUGUCCGUGCGGACGCUGCUGCUGCGCUGCCCCUACCCGACACUGAUGGUGUGGCUUGUGGCAGAGGCGGUGGGCGUGGUGGCGGCAGCGGCAGAGGCAGAAGCUGUGUGGCGCUUCAGGGGGGAGCAGUGGCGGACGGCGCGCCGCUGCUGCUGCUGCUGCAGGUGCUAGUGGACACAGCAGAUGAUGGGGAUGUGGGGCUCAAGGGUGCUGGCGAAGGCAAAGGCAAAGAAGAAGGCAAAGGCGAAGGCGAGGGCGGCUCGCCAACGGCGCCGCGACCGCCGGCGCCGGCGCCACACAUACCGCCUGCGGGAGGCGUGUGUCUGCCGGCGGGGCGGUGGGCGGCAAAGGCAGUGGCGGACGCGCUCGGCAGCAGCUACUGCGGUGGCGGCGGUGGCUGUGGUGGCGGCGGCAACAACUGUGGCGGUGCCGGAAUGGCGGCGGACCGCUGCACGCGGCUGCUGUCGCCGCCGCCGAUCUCAACCGCUGCGGCCUCCAAUUUCCCCACACCGGCAGGUGGCGGUGGCGGUGGCUGCCACAUGCAGCCGAGCGGCACGUCGGGGCGGCUUGGAAGUGGCGGCGGCGGUGGCAAAAGCGGAGGCGGAGACGGUGGUGUCGCCAGGGGUGGUGGCGGCGCCGCUGAAGUGUUCUGCCUCUGUGACGGGACCGUCGGUGGCAUGGACAUCCACGCGUGUCUGGCGGCAUCCCUGCAAGCGGUGUUGCAGGAGUGGUGGGGUGCUUGGGCACAUUAUUGGCAUCAGCAGGACGAGCAGGAGGCAGAGGCGGAGGCGGAGCUGUGGGACAGGCGGCCCGCGGCGGUGGGGGCGUGCGCCCGUGCGGCGGUUGCUGCUGCGGAUGCUGGUGGCGGCAGUAGCUGUCGCAGCGGCGGCAGUAGCGCCUGCAUAAGUGAUGGCAAUGCCCGCAGCUCCAGCAGAGGUGCGUGGGCGCCGUGGCAGGAAGAGGGGCUGGACCGGCUGCUGCGGGCGGCGGAGGAGGCGUGUGCGCUGAUGCCCGAGGUCGCGUAUGUGUGAUGGCCGUGCAGGCUGCGUAUAUUCCUGGCCGGGGACUGUUCAUGGACUACCAAGUGGUCUAGAAGCGCCCUAAAGGCUAAAGCGCGAGGGUAAGAUGGGUAGCGCCGAGUCCCGGCGCACGGGCAGUUGCUGAGGUGGCUUCCUUCCAAUCGCGAAGCUGAGGCAAUUUUAUUCAUGCUACUUGUGCAUGAUUUAUUUGCUGGAAUGCAUCGUAGCCAGCAUCGUAGCCCUUACACUUGCCGACGCUGUUCACCGCUUAAGAAUACCGUGUUAGUGCUUCUGGACUGUACUUCUUAUAAUUUACGUACAUGCACAUUGGUGUGAACACCA